AAAAAUGCAUAUUUUUCUUUCUGUUGUCAUAAUUCACUUAUCAGUAAUUUAUGCAAAAAAUCCGGGAACCUUUUGUGUAUAAAUUAUUUAGCUUUUCUUUACCGAAAAUUUUGAUGAGCCAAUAGGAAGCUUUCGAAAAAAGAAACCACAAACGUUAGGGCAUGUAUGUGAAAAUUUACUAACAAGAUAUUUGUUUUUAAAUAUUUUCGUGGGUGUUAUGAAAAUGUGUGAACUGGGUAUGCAGAAAGAUGUUUGAAGUGUGAACUUUUUCUUUAUGCUGAAUAUGCGUGCAUGUGUUCAGAUUUAUUAAUAGACAAAAGUCAAGGUUACAAGAGACAGCUUUAUGCAUACUACUAAACUUUGAUUUUUUUUAUGAUUUUUUGUACGACAACAUUUACAUAUAUAAAUCGAUGGUUAAAGUAUUCUACUAAAAAACAUAUUUAUGCAUAUUUUUAUACGGGAGUUCCAUAUCAUGCAAAAUGUUUAAAAAAUAUGCUCAACUCACCUUGCACAUAUUUCCUUUAUUAUCCGAGGGCGCGAAGGAUAUAAGACCUCUGAAAAGACUUUUUCCAUAAAAAGGGAUAUUUCAAAUAUUUUCAUGGAAUAUAAAACUUGUCAUCUGAAAGAGAAUUUUUUUUCUAUAUGUCAUGAAUUUUUUGCAAAAAACCUCAAAAAAUUGUUUCCUUUACAGUAACCUUAAGAUAAGUUUCCCAAUUUAUCACCUAAGUAAGUUUAAGGUAUAUAUCUUUAAGGUGAUAUCCUAAACAUGCUGCCUAGUAUUACAUUGUGUAAGAAAGUUGUUUCAUAAAAUUCAAGCCAUAUUUAUUGUUUGGGUGUUAUACUGAUAUUGUGGAAUUACAAUUGCUAUGUAAAUGUCACUGACAUUGUAUGUAACUAUGUUCUAUCCUUAGCGUGUGUGUAGAAAAACUAUGUUGCUUUUUUGUCCUACUUGUGCCAAUGUUCUAGUUGUGGAAGAAGGAACUGGGUGUUCAUCUUACCGAUUUGCUUGCAAGACAUGCCCUUUUAUUUAUAAUAUUACAAAGAAGAUAUCGGAUAAAAAGUAUCCAAAAUUAAAAGAAGUUGAUGAUGUAUUAGGAGGUGAUGCAGCAUGGCAAAAUGUAGAUUCAACUGAAGAGAAAUGUCCAAAGUGUGAACACAAGAAAGCAUAUUUUAUGCAAAUUCAAACGAGAUCUGCUGAUGAACCUAUGACAACGUUUUAUAAAUGCUGUUCCUGUGGACAUCGAUGGAAAGAAUAAAUAACUCCAGCCUCAGCACGAUAGAGAGGUUAAUGGUUAAUACCUGAUAGAUUCAAGAUUAUAGUUCACAGCAACUUAACAGUGUGUGCAGAUUUGAUUUAGAAGAAACAUUCUUAAAUGUGGAUGACACUUUUUCUGGGUAGUUGUUUUCUGUUUAACCUAUUUUGGUUGUGAAAUAUGCACUUUAAAAAAAGAUUUAUAUAAGAUAUGAACAAAUAGUUGGAUAUUAUAAAAAAUUAGUGUGUUCAAGGUACAGUAUACAUAAUGUUUUAUUGCAUAACAUAAUAUGAAUUGUUUCUGUCCUAUUUUUAUUGUUUUGUUUGUUGCACAAAUAAAAAGACGAGAAGUGGUUAUUUUUCUUUUCAUAUAUAGGUAAUAUUACACUUUAUUCUUGUCAUCUUUCAUGACUUGUUAGACAUUUGUACAGUGUAUACUUUUUUUUUAUAAAAUUCACGUUAUUUUACUUUCUUAUUUGACAAUAAAAAAGUAACCUGUGUUUUAACUAAAAAAAUACCCUCUGGAUCAACAAAAAUAUUUUGAAGGUAAAAGUUGAUAUAUUUAUAACUGUUGUUGUUUUUUUUAUGUAAAAUAUAAAUUUUGUGUUUUGCAUCUAUAAAAUAAUACGCCAGUUGUGACACGCAAAGUUGAUAUGCUUAUUUUUCUUUGAUGUCUUUUUUGUUAGCGGGUUUACUUUGUUUACGUCACGUGAUAAAAACGACUCAAUUUGAUUUGCUGAAAUAAAUUUAACGGCUGAAAAAAAAAACACAAAAGAAAGGUCCUUUCGUCUUGAAAAAAGUGCAAAAAGUGAUUCAGAGAAAGAAAACUCUAAGUAAAGAAGUAUAAGUAGCAAAAUAAAGUUAAAAGCCUCAAGAAGUUACUUUGGAAUUGAAGAGUGGAGCUAGGAAGUAGUAAAGUAAAGUUAGAAGUACAAAAUGAAUGCUAGAGUUUCAAGUGAAUUGGAAUUGAGAAAAAGUAAGAACUUUUAUAUUUUUAGACGUUUUAUUUUUUAGCACAUUUAAAAUUGUCAAAAAGAAUCGCAUUUUUAAAAAAAAUCCAUUGGAGCUUCAAAUUUUUUAAGUUUUAUAUUUUACUGUAUUUUUUAUAAAGAAGCCUAGCAUUUGUUUACAAUGGUUUGUAUAAUUAAUGUUGCAUAAAGCUGUUAAUGUUAGCUUCAAGGCUCCAUUCCAUAGCUAGCUCUAAUAUAUAAGUUUUGUUGUUAUUCCUCUUUUUUUAGGUAUCUAUAGCUACCUUAGCAGUCAAACUUCUCUUCUUUUUUGAACACGAAUUAUGAUGUAACAAGCUAGCUACAAAAUCUUUCUUGAACUUUUAGGAUACUGUGGCACAUUUUUAUGCCCAUAGAGAAUAAUUUUUUCACAUUUCCUGUAAACUUUGCAAGGGGACCACAGUAUGACAAGUGGAACGAAUUUUAUAGAAUUUAAAGUCUGUGU